AGUGAGAGAGAGAGAGACAUCGUCUAUAUAACUGGCAAAAAUUAUAUCUAUCUUUUUUCCACCAGAACGGAGGAAACGGAUCGGGAAUCUUCUCGUGAAGCCAGCUCAGAGAGCGAGGAGGAGGAGCGUGUACAAAAUCCCCUUGCAAACGAUCCCAAUGCCGAAUUGCCACCCGAACACUGGCAUAUUAGCAAAUUGAUCAAGUACAUUAAGGGAGGCAAUCAGACGUCAACUGUCAUAUCGCUUUGUGCUCUGUACGACAUGCCACUGGAAACUGAGGUUUGUCAAAUAGCCAUUCGAGACACUGGAGGAGUUGAAGUCUUGAUCAACCUUCUAGAAACAGAUGAAGUCAGAAGCCUGCUUGGUUCCCUCAAGAUCUUAAAAGUGAUCUCCAAAAAUCCAGAACUCCGUAGAGCCAUCUCUGAUCUGGGAGGAGUACCUCCAAUGGUCCGGCUAUUGAGUUCAUCUAAUCGAGAUCUCAGGUGCUUGAGUGCUGAAGGGAUUGCAAAUGUGGCUAAAUUUGCUCGAGCUCGCAGAACUGUCAGAUUGCAUGGUGGCAUUAAGAAACUGAUCGCUUUGCUAGACAUGAGUCAUUACCGCGGCGAUUUGCGAAGUCCGGGAGCUGUGAGUGAACUUGAAGUUGCUCGUUGCGGUGCCUUGGCGCUUUGGUCCUGUUCCAAAUCCGCGAGAGCCAGAAGAGCUAUGAAGAAGGCCGGUGUAAUCUUACUACUUGCGCGUCUUCUCAAGUCAAAAUAUGAGCCCCUUCUUAUUCCAGUGAUUGGAAUUCUAGAAGAAUGUGCGUCUGAGCAAGAUUAUCGCAUCGCUAUUCGAACCGAGGGAAUGAUUGAAGAUCUUGUGGCUCAUCUGAAGAUUCCAAACGAAGAGUUGCAGAUGCAUUGUGCUACAACUAUCUUCAAAUGUGCUGAUGACAAAGAAUCGCGCGAACUUAUUCGAAAGUAUGGUGGGUUACAACCUCUUAUUGAAAUCCUUUCACAUCAUGAGAACAAGGAACUUCUAGCUGCUGCAACAGGAGCUAUUUGGAAGUGCGCAGCAUCGCCUGGAAAUGCCAAAGAGCUGCAGAAAGGCGAUGUCAUAUCAAAGCUGGUUUCAAUCCUGACAGAACAACCCGAAGAAAUGAAAACACUUUAUUAUGUCAAAUCGGUGUCUCCAAAAGUUAACUUGGUUUCUCGAACUGAAAAGGUUCUAGUAAACGUUGUUGGAGCUCUGGGAGAAAUGGCCAUGGACAAGGCAAACAUUCCACUAAUUCAAAAGGCCGGCGGAAUACAACUACUGAUUGCACUGCUCACAGGGACUAACGAGGACCUUCUGGUGAAUACUACUCGUGCUCUCGGUCAAAUGGCUGAGGACACAGAGUGUGCCUCAGCAAUCGAAAAGAGCGAUGGGGUACGAUUGCUCUGGUCCCUCUUGAAGAUGAAAAAUUCGAGUGUUCAAGCGAAUGCCGCGCGGGCUCUGUGUUCUUGCAUUGAAAAUUCUAGUGAGAGUGGAGAGCUGGUACGUAGCUUUGUCGGUGGACUUGAACUCGUGAUUAGUCUUCUGCGUUCUCCUUCAAUAGAGGUACGAGCGGCUAUCUGCGGAGUCAUCUCAAAAAUUGCGAAAGAUGAAGAGAACCUUGCUGUGAUCACUGAUCAUGGUGUUGUUCCACUGUUAUCCGAAUUGGCUUAUACGAAUGAUGAUUCCUUGCGACGUCCACUUGCAGAAGCGGUGGCCAGAUGCUGUUGCUGGGCCACUAAUCGAAUCGACUUCGGUAAGAACGGUAUUGUGGAACCAAUGGUAUGCUAUCUCAAGUCUGAUGAUCCAGUAGUUCAAUGCGCCGCAGCUAAGGCACUCUACCAACUCAGUCGACAUCCAGGCAACUGUGUGACUAUGCAUGCUGCGGGUGCUGUAAAACAUCUCGUUGAUUUGGUUGACUCGGAUAAUCAAGAGUUACAGGAGGCCGCGUCUUUUUGCGUGGCUAACAUUCGUCGAAUCGCAUUAGCAUACGUUAAAGCUAAACAAGAGCGUCGAGAAAAUCCUGCAGCGACAACGCGCGUACAACCGAAGCUCAGCAGUAGUAAGACAUCUUCAACAACUACAGUAGACUCAACACCGAAACCACUCGAGGAAUCAUCAUCAACAAAUGAAGAAACCCAGUCUUAG